AAGAAGAAGAAGAAGAAGAGGAGGAAGCCAGAGAAAGAGAACAAGGAAAGGAAGAGAGGAAACACACUGACAAAGAAGACAAGGAGGUGACAGAGGAUGAAGAAGUUGUAUUGAUGAAAAAAGAGGAGAAGACAGAAGAGAUUGUGUUGGAGAGGGAGGCUCAGGCAGAAUCCCCCUGCUCCUCCAUCACACCUCCUGAUGAAGGAGGAGUUCACAGAGAGGAGGAGGAGGAGCAGAUGAUGAAGGAGAGUUCUGACGGAGCUGUGAUGUCAGCUGAGGAGGAGCAAGAGUCCUCAGAUGUACUGAAAACAAGCUCUCCCAUCAGUCCGGCGUGUCCUGCCGAGGAGCAGCUCGACCCCCAGGAGGCGAAGGAGAACGCACUGAUCCACCAAGCACCUCCCGUUCCUCCACCCGCCGCUGCCAACGAGGUCUUAACUGGUCAAACAAAUGCUCCUCCUCUGGCUAAUGGAGGCGUCAGCAAAGAGAAGAAGCGCGCGAUUUCUACUGCCGCUCCUCCUUCCAGAGCCAAAGCUCCGCCCGCAGGAGCUGCCUCAGUGAGGAAAACAAGCGCCGCCUCCCCACUGAAACAGGCUGCUCCACCCAAGACAAAAAGUGCUCCUCCGGCUAAACAGGCUGCCCAAGUUAGGAAAUCAGGUGCUCCUCCUCCUCUUAACAAAGAAAAAGCAGCCGCGAAGGGAGCUGCUGAAGAAACUGUGAAGGCCUCCAAGGCAGCAGGGGGCGCCAAAGCAGCCAUGAUGAUGACAGCCAAGAGUACAGAGUCAGUGGAUGGAGUCAGCAGUCCAGGGAGUCGUUCUCCUGCCAGCAGAUCCUCGACUCCGAACAGAGAUGUGAAAAAGGUGGCAGUGGUCCGGACCCCUCCCAGGUCACCUAACUCAGCCCGUGGACGCACACCUCCCCUACAAUCCCACCCCAUGCCUGACCUCACCAACGUGAGGUCAAAGGUGGGAUCCACGGAGAACCUCAGACACUCACCUGGCGGUGGCAAGGUUCAGAUUGUUCAUAAGAAGUUGGAUCUCAGUAGCGUGACAUCAAAGUGCGGCUCUAAGGCCAACAUCCACCACAAACCAGGUGGAGGGAAGCUGGAGAUCAAGUCAGAGAAGGUGGAUUUUAAGAGUGUUCAGUCUAAAAUUGGCUCUUUGGAUAACGUCACUCAUGUUCCAGGAGGAGGGAAGAAGAAGAUCGAGAGUCAAAAACUGAACUUUCGAGAGUCCGCCAAAGCUCGCACUGACCACGGUGCGGACAUCGUCGUCCAGCCCGACUCCUCCCCUCGUCACCUUAGCAACACUUCCUCCCCUGGAAGCCUUAACGCUGCUGAAGCUCCGCCUCUCAACGACUUGGCUGACCAGGUUUCUGCCUCCCUCGCCAAACAAGGCCUGUGAUUGGAUAACCCUGUGCCUACAGACCCCGCCCUCUAAUGUUACCAAGGAAACUACCUGAUGGAAGAAAAGAAAAAAAAAUCAUCAUCCCGCCUUUUUCGUCAUGACCUUCACCUGAUAUCACACGAACAUGAUGAAGAGAUUUUUUGGAGUUAAAGUGAAGCUUUCUGAACGUAACUUAUCAACAAAUUAACCAUAAGAAAAAAACAACCAAUCACAGUUCAGUCAGGUAUUCAGGUAACACAUGAAGCAUUGCUUGGGCAGACAGGUAACCACUUGUCAGAGGAUUCCUGUGCGCAUAUUUUCAGGAAGGCGUUAAAGAAGAUUGAUCCAGAAGCCAGCGGUUAUGCAAAGCUUGGCUAGUAGUUUCCCCCCCCUGCUGUGAGACUUUGUGCUAGGCUAGGUUAGUAUUUCUCCCUGCUUCUUGUCCUCAUGCUAAACUAGGAUAUGCUAGUAAUUUAUCCUGCUGUGAGUCUUUGUGCUAAUCAAGGCUAGUAGUUUACCCUUUGCUUCCAGUCAAUGUGCUAUGCUAUGCUAUGCUAGUAGCUUCUAUUAUUUAUGCUGAGGAAGGUUACUUACUUACAGACAUACCGAGUGAAUUUAGACAAUGUGGAAACUGUGAGUCGGUUCCAGGAGUACUUUAAGGGUUUUAAGGGUCCCUGAAAAGAGCAAAAAAAAAAAAAGUUCUUGAAAUGGUGCUAUGGACUUCCGGAAAGCUACAGGAAGGACCGACUGUCACAGCGGGAACAUGAACAGUUUAGGUUAAACGUCGUGCUCGCAGCCAGUCACGACAUCCAAACAAAAACCAGGAAACUUUAGGAUGCUCUGAAUCUGACGAGUUCGUUGAAACAAUCUAAGAGAUUAAAGAUAUUUGAAGAAAUAUCAGAAAUUAAACGCCUACAAGUCCCUGAAAAAGUUCCUUGGAGUAGGUUACAAGGACUUUGAUUGAAGCAGAUUUAAACCAGGAAAUCAGACUCCUGGAUCAACGUACAGGAUUCACAGGAGUCCUUGAGGAGACCCCGGGGUUUGUUUGUGGUGUCCUUUAGGAAAUUAAAAGCGAUAUCCAUCAACUCGUAGAAAAUGGAGAAUAGGGCUGUGCAUCUUCACUGAUCUCACAAUUCAAUUCAGUUAUCCUGUCAACGAUUUGAUUUGAUGCAUCACAGUGGGUUGCAGCCUCAAUUUUCUAUACUACUGCACAUGGCUACUUUUUCCAACAGAAGAAAAGAAGUCAGAUGAAUAUGAGAUCAAUGUCAUCAUGGAUGCAGAAUCUUUCACCUCUGCAUUGUGAUGCAUCGUGGAAACGUCUGAACGCGUCUGAAUUAGCAUGUUAGCUUCCUUCAUAAAAAUCUCUCCGAUCAUAAUUAACCUUCUCUCUCAUACGUCACAUCUCUCAGCCAAUCAUCACCUCUUCUGUGUUUCUGAAUGCUGUUGGGUCCCCUUCACAUCCAACCCCCCAACCAACCACCCCCCCGUCAUGAAAAAAAAAUUCCCAGAAUGCAGUUUGAUACCAGGUGCCAAAUCCAUGCUGUCCGUCUCUGCUUGUCGGCUGUCAAAGUGCUUUGUAAUAAUAAAGUUUCUCUUGGAUCGGAUGUGUUUGUUGAAAAAAAUAAAGAUACAUUGGAGGGGC